CAGUGGACGCAGAGAGGAUCUGAGCUGAUCUUGUCCUGACGCGCUCCCGGGGCCCAGGUGAUGAUUCGGACUGCGCUGAUACCAGACCUGCUCCACUGACCGGCUCCAUUACUCUGAGAAACUCCUCUCCUUGCCCAGCUGGUGCAAAGCGUUGGGCACAUGGUGACGCACGGGCCAGAGAGGGAUUUGUCUUGAAAGAAACGCGCUCAACGCGCUUUUAAGGACCCUUAUUAGUUUGUUUUCGGAUUACAAUAAGUGGAGUACCUCUGUCCCGGACCGCGCAAAUAGGAUGGCGCAAAGGUACGACGAACUGGCACAUUACGGGGGAGCCAUGGACGGUGUCGGCGUGCCCACGUCGAUGUACGGAGACCCUCACGCGCCCCGGCCGCUUCCCCAGGUGCACCACUUGAACCACGGGCCCCCUCCUCACCCCACGCAGCACUAUGGAGCUCACGCACCGCACAACAUCCUGCCCGGGAGCAUGGGCAGCGCCGUGAGCGACGCACUCAAGAGGGACAAGGACCACAUUUACGGACACCCUUUAUUUCCGCUGUUGGCGCUGGUUUUUGAGAAGUGCGAGCUGGCCACGUGCACACCGCGUGAACCUGGCGUGGCGGGGGGUGACGUUUGCUCCUCGGACUCUUUCAACGAGGACAUCGCGGUGUUCGCCAAACAGAUUCGUGCAGAAAAGCCUCUGUUUUCAUCAAACCCAGAGCUGGAUAAUCUGAUGAUCCAAGCCAUCCAGGUGCUACGCUUCCACCUGCUGGAGCUGGAGAAGGUUCACGAGCUGUGUGAUAACUUCUGCCACCGCUACAUCAGCUGCCUCAAAGGGAAGAUGCCCAUCGACCUGGUCAUCGAGGACCGGGACAUGUGCAAGUCCGACUUCGAUGAGUUGUCAGGGUCCUCCACCAACCUGGCCGACCACAACCCCGCCUCCUGGAGAGACCUGGACGACGCCCACUCCACUCCUUCGGUGGGGACCCCGGGGCCCUCGAGUGGGGGCCACGUGUCACAGAGCGGGGACAACACCAGUGACCUGGGGGAUGGUCUGGACAACAGCCUGGCGUCACCUGGAACAGGAGAUGAAGACGACCAGGACAAGAAGCGACAGAAGAAACGAGGCAUCUUCCCCAAAGUGGCCACCAACAUCAUGAGGGCCUGGCUCUUCCAGCACCUAACGCACCCAUACCCCUCCGAGGAACAGAAGAAGCAGCUUGCACAAGACACAGGACUCACCAUUCUACAAGUCAAUAACUGGUUCAUCAAUGCCAGGAGAAGAAUAGUGCAGCCGAUGAUUGACCAGUCCAACAGAGCAGUGAGCCAGGGCACAGCGUACAGCCCCGACGGACAGCCAAUGGGCGGCUUCGUCCUGGACGGUCAGCAGCACAUGGGCCUGCGACACGGAGGGCCUAUGGGUGGCAUGGGGAUGAACAUGGGCAUGGACGGACAGUGGCACUACAUGUAGAGCUGUGAGGCUGAGGCACGCCUGACAACAGGGUAACAAUGUCUCCAUGUUUGGCUCAGGGACCUUCCAUUUUCCAGCAGUGGAGCUCCUCUCACCAGACCACACCCUCCUCUACUCUGACCCUGCCCAUUUUAUGUGACUCCACCCUCCCCGUACCUCGUCUGGACCAGAUCCUACACACAGACUUUUACCGGAUCUGUCCCGAGCCUGAACUAAACUGACUUGGUGCUGGGGAGAAGCUUUAACUUAUUUAUUUAUUUGUCGAGACUGUGGAUGGAAUUCACAGUACGAAAAGACUGGGAGCUGUUGGAACAUUUUUGUCCUGAUCACGACUCUCCUCACUGAGCUCCUCUCACCAGUGUCUGCAUGGGGGUCACACAGCACAAGAGAAGACACUCCAGAACAACUUUCUUCAGCCAUUUUGACAUUUUCACAAAGAGAAAAUAAUCCGCCAUAUAUAUGUACUUCCUGUUUUUAUACAACACAUUUUAUAAAGUCCCAUUGUGUUAUUGAAAUCACUAUAGAGACCUUUGUCCUGUCUCUCAAUGUUGCUGUGUCUGAAAAUCUUUGGAUCUGAAAUCGAGCUACAAGCUAAUGUUUUGUGUUUGAAAACGCAUCUUUAUUUUGUCUUGGAUUUCCUGUCCCCCUCGCAUCUCCUGGACCAAUUUUCAGCAUUUUAUUGGUACUAUUUGGGGCACUCUAAAAGGACAAUUGGAAAACCACUAAUGGCACCAAGACGUGGGAUCUCAUAAGCUUUCUUGACAUAUCUGGAGAAGAUACAGAAGAACGAACAUAAGAGACUGCCAACAUUUUUCACAAUACAUCUCCUGCAACCCAAAAAGUACUAGUGCCCUGGGGUCCAAUAGUAAAACUUGACAACAUUUUCAACCACUGCACCUCAUAUGGAGAAGGCACAUUGUGUUACUCUGGACACCGCAAAUGCACUGACUCCUAUGAACCUGCUGAUGUUUGAGCUGGAACCAUGCUUGUUUGUUUAUUUGUUUGUUUUGUGUCUAAUCCAGUCUUUUGUUUCCUGCACACUGAAUAAUAAUGUUUCAUACACUAAAUGUAUUUUCAAAUGGAACUUGUAUUCCAGGUGUGAUUUUUAAGCACUGUGAACAUUCAAAGGUCUGAUCGGUAUCUAUUGUAAUAUGUUUUGGCCUUACAACUGCAUUCACUGUCAUUGAUUUACUUUUUUCUUUUUUUACAGAAAGAAAUUGAUCAUAUACUCUGGUCUGUUAUUGCAGAAUGUUAGUUUUUUGAUUCUUUGCUUUGCCCUUUUUCUUGCUAUAUUUUUUGGUCAUAUUAAACUUUCUUUUUCAAUGACAAGGACAUUCCACAUUUUUAACUGAGUAAUUUCACAAUAUCUUUAAUGAAUUAAUAUUUUGGAUGAAUAUUCUUUGGUGAGAUUAAAAAAGUGUUAUUUUUAAUAUUACCAAAAUGUGUAUUCAAGAUUUUAAUUAUUAUAAUUUAGACUACAUU